AUGCCACUUUGUCAAUUCUCGUUAUUUCGUUGGAUGAAGGAUGUUGAUUCCGAGGAAUUUUUUAACUACACAAGAAUGAAUGUGGAUCUCUUCCAUGAGCUGUCGAGACAUCUGUGGAGAAGACUAUACAAACCACAUGGUCAAGCAAUUAAUCCAGAAACGAAACACACACUGACAUUAAAAUACCUGGCCCAGGGAGGCAGUAUUCAAAGUAUGGCUUGGGAUUAUAAUAUAGGAAAGUGUACAGCUAGAAAAAUCAUACUGGAGGUCUGUACAGCAAUAUGGGAGGAACUGAAGCCAACAUAUAUGGCUUCAUUAUCAUAUCCAGAAUGGUUGCAGAUAGAAAACAAAUUUUGGGAGAAAUGGCAGUUUCCUCUCUGUCUAGGAGCUACAGAUGGAAAACACAUCAGGAUCAAGGCACCACCAAUAUCCAGAUCAAAAUUUUUUAAAAUCAAAAAAUUUUUUAGCAUUGUUCUGAUGGCUGCAUGUGAUGCAGACUACAGAUUUACAUUUGUAGAUGUAGAAGCAUAUGGGAGUGACUCUAAUGCAACUAUCUUGUCAUUGUCAGCCUUUGGAAGCAGUCUCCUUAUAACAUUGAAAAGUUAA